GAAUAGACUCCAUACCACGAUAUUGUAUCUUGGUCAGGAGAACCUCUCAUCAUGGCCAAAGGAAAGGGGAAGCGCUCCUCUGGGGCGAAUACAAUUGUCCCCGAAGGUGGAGUCCCAGUCAAUGACUUUAAUAUCGGUGUUGAUGCUCCUCAAAUCGAGGAGAGUGCGUUCGCCGGCCUGCGACAGAAGAUCGAACAAAGAUUGAAAGAUCAGAACUCCGCCAAGCAGAAGCCAAAUAAUAAGAAGGCUAAGGCUACUCCGAACGAUACUCCGAAGAAGAACAAUGACGCUGCGCCCAAGCCUGUCACAAAGCGAGCCGAUACCGAUAAGAACAAGGGCAAGAAGCGGGACCGCAAUGGUGAAGUAAUUGCAAGGGACGACAAGAAUGCCUCCGAGAAAGACAAAACAUGGAAAUCAAAGGAAGCGGAUCAAACCGAUGCUCUGCGGCAGGAAAUUUUGGCACUUGGGGGUACCGAGGAAGACUAUGAUCUACUUGCGGGGAUCGAUUCUGAGUCCGAAGUCGAAGAUGAGAAGGACGCCUCUAAGGGCUCCAAGAGUAAAUCCGAGGAGGAUGCGCUGAGAAAAGAACUGUCGGGUAUUCUGGCUGCUGCUGGUCAAGUUGCCCCCGCCGACAUUGCCGACAACGAGGGAGAUGAGGCGAACCUAGAAGACGAGGACGAAGAGGCGGAAGAUGAAGAUGAGGAUGAAGAGGCCGAAGCAAAUGAAUAUGAUAAUGAUAGUGAGGAGGAAGAGCAACUGGCCGAACAUGAAGAGAGCUCGGAUGAAGAUGAUUCUCCCGCUCCAGCCGCCAAAGAGUCGAAGAAAACAGAGAAGGCUAAGGAAUAUAUGGCACCUCUCCCUAAGGAAUACAGCAAGCUCACUGUUCUACCUAGAUCCGACUGGUUUAUGACUGAACUUCCUUCGAUCUCGGCAAAACAGGCGAACGGCGUACCUCGACACCUGGUGGAUCGCGUCUAUAACUACGCUGUAUCGCUACUUGAGAAAGAAAACACUAUAUAUGCUGAGGCGCAAAAAGCUUCCGCCUCCUCUUCGCACAAGUUCUACACGACUAUUAUGUCCACCGGAACUCUUAGUGAUAAGAUUUCGGCGUUGACACUUGCCAUACAGGAGUCGCCUUUGCAUAACACGAAAUCUUUGGAAAACCUUAUCGCACUCGGAAAGAAGCGCAGUCGUGCUCAGGCGGUGGAAGUUUUGAGAUCCCUUAAAGAUAUGUUCGCCCAGGGCACGUUAUUGCCCAGUGACCGUAGGCUCAAGUCUUUCGCGAACCAGCCGUCGCUUAUGGCUGCAUUCCAAGGAGCAGGAAGCAAGUGGUCUGAAGGAGAUGCCCUUCCUAAUGGUCUUCAAAACCGUCACCUCGUUGUUUGGGCCUUUGAACACUUUCUAAAGGAACAGUAUUUUGAGAUACUGAAGAUCUUGGAGGUAUGGUGCAAUGACGAAAUUGAGUUCUCUCGUUCCAGAGCCGUUAGUUACGUCUUUGAGCUUCUCAAGGAAAGACCUGAGCAGGAAACGAACCUUUUGCGACUCUUGGUUAACAAACUUGGCGACACGGCCAAGAAAAUUGCAUCUCGCGCUUCCUAUCUAUUGCUACAACUCGAGCAAGCACACCCGUUGAUGAAGCCAACCAUCAUCAAGGCUGUCGAGGAGGUUCUCUUCCGCCCCGGUCAGAGUCAACAUGCUAAAUACUACGCAAUCAUCACCUUGAACCAAACCGUCUUGAGUCUCAAGGAGGAGCAAGUUGCGGCCCAGCUGCUUGACAUCUACUUUGGACUCUUCGUUGCCUUCCUGAAACCUGUCAAGAAUAACAAGCACCAUGCAGGGAAGAAGCAUGGCAAGGACGGUAAAGUUAGCAGGAAGGGUAAGGAUAAUGAGGCGAAGGGCCAGGCUCAGCAUGAGGAGAUGCAAGAGAAGCUCACCUCGGGCGUUUUGACUGGUGUGAACCGAGCUUAUCCCUUUACCAGCUCGGACUCAGAACGUCUUUCCAAGCAUGUCGAUACCUUGUUCCGCAUCACCCACUCGUCGAACUUCAACACUAGUAUCCAAGCCCUUUUGUUGAUCCAGCAGCUAACAUCUUCCCACCAAAUCGCUGCGGACCGCUUCUACCGAACAUUGUACGAAUCGCUUCUCGACCCACGGUUGGCUACGUCAUCCAAGCAAUCGCUCUACCUCAACCUAUUGUUCAAGGCUUUGAAGAAUGACCUGAACGUCCGCCGCGUGAAGGCAUUUGUGAAGCGUAUCAUCCAAGUGCUUGGGUUGCACCAGCCAGCCUUUAUCUGUGGUGUCAUGUAUUUGAUUCGAGAAUUAGAGAAGACGUUCACCAGCCUCAAUUCCUUGUAUGAUCAACCCGAGGAUAAUGAGAGUGAUGAGGAAGAGAUGUUCAGGGAUGUUCCCGAUGAAGAUGAUGAGCAGCCACAGGAAGCGCAAGUCCAACCGAAGAAGCCCUCAAGCCACUAUGAUCCUCGCAAGCGAGACCCGGAGCACAGCAAUGCGGAUAAGACAUGUCUCUGGGAAUUGUUGCCUUAUUUGUCUCACUUCCACCCGUCCGUGUCGGUCAAUGCGGGCCAGCUGCUGGAGCACAAGACUAUGAGCGGAAAGCCAGACAUGACCAUUCACACAUUGAUGCACUUCCUCGACCGCUUUGUCUAUAAGACACCCAAGGCCGCCGCCGCUACACGUGGAGCCUCCAUCAUGCAGCCCCUUGCCGGCAGCGAGGCGAAGGAUCGGUUGGUCGCCGGUGGCAAGCAGAGCCAGCAGCAGCCCCUUAACUCGGAGGCAUUUUGGAAGAAGAAGUCUGACGAGGUGGCCGCGGAGGAUGCAUUCUUCCACGAGUACUUCAACCGAGUCGAAAGUGGCAAGGAGAAGAGCCGCAAGAAGGCCAAGGACCCCGUCAACCAAGGCGAAGAAGAGGGUGAACUUAGCGACGCCGAGUCGGAGAUCUGGAAGGCUCUUGUGGAUUCGAGACCUGAGGUGGAGGGAGCCGAUAGCGAUGAUGAUCUCGAUUUGGAUGACCUCGAAUCGGCAUAUGACCAGGACGAGGAUGAGGAAGCUGAACAGAGUGGAGACGAAGGAGUUAUCUUCAACGACGAGUCUGACGUGGAUAUGGACGACUUCGACGAAGAGGCGUUAGAGACCGAGCAGCUGCCUAGCAAGUCCAAGGCCAAGGCCAAGAAGAGUGAAGAGGUAUCCGAUGAGGAUGAUGACUUCGACAUGGAUGUUUCUGACGAGGAGGCCUUCGUCGGAAGCGACGAGGAAUUACCUUCGGACGUGGAACUCGGAGGCGGGGUGGAGCUCCCGAAGGACGAGGACAAGUCUGAGCGGAAGAAGAGACGCAAGCUCAAACAUCUGCCGACCUUCGCAUCAGCGGACGACUAUGCGGCCCUGCUGGCCGGGGAGGACGAGGGCAUGUGAGGGGAAGAAGAUUGUACAGUUGUGUAGAAAUGCGAUGUUCAUACUACAGAUACCACCAAAAAGUCCGAUUCGCCAG